AUAAAUCACUACAGUAUUAUACAGUGAAUGAAUCACUCUCACGCGGGCGCGCGCGCGCUGCCUCAGCUGUGCGGUCUCUUUCGAAAGGCUUUUUACUACAGUAGGCGGUCAUAAGAAUCCAAAAACAAAACGGGGGCUAUGCGACGCAUAACGAGAUGUAAAGUUUCAAUAGAGCUUAAAGUUUUAGCGCGCCACUAAAGCACUGCUCCCACGUGAUGCAGAUCAGCACCAUACUAUUUGCAUUCCAUUUAUCCACUACCUCCCUUCUCUACUCUUACUCAUUAAAAGGCUUCUGACAUGUAGAAAACAAAGCAAGCAUGGUGCAUACUAACAAUAAUUGAGUAAGUCAGGGAGGUAUCCGAUUCCACCUCUCCAUCAACUUCUCUUCCUCCAUUUAGCUUCUACUGUAGCCCUAGCCAUGGCCAUUUUUAUCUUCAAGGACGAACUUCAACAACCAAGACUUAUAUAUGUUGUGCCUAGCUAACUAGCUUCUUCUCUCCCCCAUGCCAAACUAAACCAAGCCUUAUUUUAUGCACGUACGGUGCAUGGCCAGCUAGCAAGGACUGCUACAGUCUUAUCCAGCAUCUUUCAUCACCGAAGAUGUUUUCUCAGGCUAAUGAGCUCUAUUACAAUGCCGAAAAGCAGGAUAUAUCCUCCUCUUUCUUCUUCCAUUUUUCUCCGCCAACCUUUCAUCACGACAAUCUCCAUGACAUUCUUAUCCCAGCAGCCGCUGCUGCUCCGGCACCUGUAGCACAGGAGAGGACAUCUUCCAGUGGUGCUGCUCAGCCAAUCACCGGCCGGAGGCGUCAAAUAAGGAAGGACAGACAUAGCAAGAUAAACACGGCGCAAGGACCUCGAGACAGGAGGAUGAGGCUUUCCCUAGACGUUGCACGCAAGUUUUUCGACCUCCAGGAUCUGCUCGGCUUCGACAAAGCAAGUAAGACUGUUCAAUGGCUUCUCACCAUGUCAAAAGCAGCCAUUAAGGAACUGGUCGGCUCGGCUUCCAAGUGUACAGUUGUUUCUUCUUCUGAAGGCGAAAAAGACAUCUCGACUGUAUCGGAUAACAAGGGCAAAACUAAAUCAGCUAUUCUUGCAAGUGAAUUUGAAAAGAACGCAAAGCCUAAGAAGAGGCCCAUAGUUCAGUCUAAAUUAGUUGCCAGAGAAUCAAGAGAGAGGGCGAGGGCGAGGGCGAGGGAGAGGACUUUGGAGAAGAAGAUGAUGAGAUGUUGUAGGCCAGAAGAUGGAAGUAAAAGUAACCAACAGGCCAAUAUUUUAAAGUCUAUUCCUUUAGGCAGUUUUCUGCAAGAGGAAUAUUCUAGCUCCCAUGAUUUGAAAUCUUCCUUAGACUUUGUGGCAGAGAUGGAAGAGCACUGUUCAACUUCUCCUAUUAUGUAUGCAAAGGAACAUGAUCAUAAUGGUUCAAGUUCAGCAGUAGUGUUUGACUGUAAUCAGCAAACUGCUGUUAGUUUAUUUCAAGAACAAUGGGAUCACAGGAGUGCUUUUCCAAGCAACUAUAUCGACGAAAAGGUUCUUUUUGGUGAAGCUUUACUACAGACCAGCUACGGGAGGGGAAUUAGUACGCCAUCAAUGUUUGAUCAUGUCUAAGAAAUAAAAUGCUUUGGCGCAUUUACUUGCCCUCUCACAGAAGCUGCAUUCGAUGCAAUUUUUAACUAUUCAGUUUCCAGCUCCAUUGUCUUGAAGGAAGCAAGCUAGAUAUUAUAAGGGACAGGGCAAAUGCAAGGAGGUGAGACAAGUAAAGAGGGUGGAGGUAGUAGUGAUGCGCCUUAAACUGACGAGUAGAUGUAAUUAGAAGGUUACUAUUCCAUGUGCUGAGAUUUACCUCGAAUUCUAUGACUGUUGAGUUGAAUUCUAGGUAUUAAAAUGAUAUAUUUUUGAAUGACACUUCUAUGGGUAAUGCUUUUGAAAUUGUGAAAAUGUGUGUUGAAAAUGUAUGAGAAAAUUUUAGGUUUCCGAAAAUGGAAAAAGCAUUGAAGUCCUAAGGUUUCUAGCACAAA